CAAUGACAUGAAGGAAAAUAAACCCAUCAGCUAAUCCCUGUCCAUCCUGUCCACUGUAUAUAACUCCUGGAGCGAUAGGUUUAGAGAUGGUCAGGAAUGUAAACUGUAUACAGUACAAAAAGUUCAGCACGCCGCGGAUAAACAUGUAAUCUGUCUAAGCGUCGACCCGAAAUAAAACCUGUGUCCAUUCUGGAAUAGCAUGCAUUUUCCUUCUCAAAAAUGUGUCCUUCAUUUUAUACGGACAAAACCAGGAAGUGGUCAGGAGAGAUUACCUACCCAGGAUGCACAGCCUGAAGACUGUCCCUAAAAAAACAAGCGUGUAUCCUUAUCAGUGUGGGUGCACUCCAGGAGAGUUAGCCCUGUACACCUCUUAUAUAUAUUGAUUGUGGGUUUUUUGCCUUAACAAAGUAAAAAAAAAAAAAAAGUUAAUGAUACAAUAACGUAACGAUCAUGAAAUCAAAGCAAACCUUAAACAAAACCCUCACACUUUUGCUAAGAUGACUGUUUUCUGUUUCACACACUCACACACGCACAGCAUCAUGGCUCCGGUUAGUCUCACUUUGAAUCAUUAUGUGUUUCCGUUUCAUCACGUUCCACUCACAAAAGUGUUGCAGCUCUUGCUCUUGUAUCGACACCACCUGCAUGCCAAGCAGCCUCCUUCCCCUUUGUGCUGCAUUCAGUGACUGGCCUCAUUCAUGCGAGGACUUAAAUAAGCGCCGUUCAUGACCACUGAAAGCCUUGCCCUGGCCUUUCUACUGCUCAGUGGGCCUGUGCCAGGGUGUCGCCGUGCUCCUGCCUGGCAUCCGCUAGCCUGGGUUGGCAAUGCCAGCGCAGGUCACACGGGAUUUCUGACUCACACACACUUGAGCUGAAUCUUGAUUCCUUUAAAGGAACACUUUACCGAGAAUCGUAGAGUUGCUGAGAAAUAACGAAAGUUAGCUGGGGUGAGAUAGCGGUUAUCAGUACAUCACAGUAUGAUAAGAUUUAACAUUUAAAAAAGCUGAGAGGAAAAACAUUUAAUUGACCAUGGAUCGGUUGUACCCUUACAUCGGUCCCUGUAACUGUAAUCAUAUAGCUGGGAAACAUUUGUAGGUUGUUAGCCUAAUGAAAUACAUUAGAAUAAAAAAAUUAUACAUUUAAUAGUCAAAUAUAAAAAUAGCAGUUUCAAUAGCAAUCACAAUAUGCAUCAAAAUAAUCACAAUGGGCUUUUUUUCCUUAUCAAAUCGCACAGUCCUAUCCGAUAUUAAUCAAAAGCAUAAUUAGAUUCUAAUGAUCAACAGUGACAAGCAUUCAAACAUCUGAGAUAUCUAAGACAUACCACAUCAAAGUAUUAAACAAAAAUGCUUAAACUAAAUCCAUCUGAAUGGAUAUGAAUUGUGCUACUAUUUAUCUGCAGGUUGAGACGUACAGUGCAAUUAUUUUUUGUUUUGCAAAAAUAGAAUAAACAUUGUCUCUGCUAGGAUUUCAGGAGUCAUCUUCUUUUAGUUCAUGAUAACAGACGAGCCUGCUGACUUCCUGUUGUUAAUGUGCCUGCUCUGUUAAUAUAAGAGGGAUGGAGAAAGAGAAGGAGUGGCUGAAAGGAAGAGCAGACAUGAAAACUGGAUCAAAAAGAAGUAGGGGGAGGAAUGAGACAAGAGCGAGGAAGAACCAGCGAGGUGGAAUGAAACCAUACAGGUGAGUAACUACAGCCAUGUACUGGAAGGCCAGUCAGACUCCGAUGAUGAGGACAAGCUCCAUAUCGUGGAGGAGGACGGAACCCCCGUGGACGGCGCUGAUGGUGACAGUGUUGCCCAUGACGACGACACCAACGGCCCAGAGGACAGAUGGGAAGAAGUGAAAGAGGAGUGUGUGUCAGAGGAGGAUGAGAGGAGUAGAGACGCUCUCGUUGAGGAAAUGCUUCAGCAAGGAGACACAGCCGUCAUCUUCCCAGAAGCACCAGAAGAUGAACCACGCCAGGGAACACCGGAGACCAGCGGCCAUGAUGAGAAUGGCACACCAGACGCGUUCUCGCAGCUCCUCACCUGUCCCUACUGCUCCCGCGGCUACAAGCGCUACACGUCUCUGAAGGAGCACAUAAAGUACAGGCACGAGAAGAGCGAGGACAACUUCAGCUGCUCGGUUUGCAGCUACACUUUUACUCACCGCACGCAGCUCGACCGACACAUGAGCGCACACAAAGCAGGCAGAGACCAGCGGCAUGUAACCCAAACAGGGGGUGGAGGAAACCGAAAGUUUAAGUGCACUGAAUGUGGCAAAGCCUUCAAGUAUAAACACCACCUGAAAGAACACCUGCGUAUCCACAGUGGAGAGAAGCCAUACGAGUGCCCAAACUGUAAAAAGCGUUUUUCUCACUCCGGCUCCUACAGUUCCCAUAUCAGCAGCAAGAAAUGCAUCGGCCUCAUUUCUGUCAACGGCCGAUCCCGACCCUCGCCAACCACAGGAGGCACCAAAACCCCUCAGUGUCCAUCACCAUCGCUGCCAUCUUCCCCUGCCACUGCCCGGACACAGACCCGGGACAAACUGGACCAUAGUAAACCCCUGCAGGAGCAGCUGCCAAUCACACAGAUUAAAUCUGAGCCAUUGGACUAUGAGUACAAGCCUGUAGUUGUUGCCCCGGCUGCCCCUGGAGGAGUAAACGGGGUUUUUCAAGGAGGGGCAGCAGCACCCUUACAGGGGGCAGUGCAGGCUGUGGUGCUCCCCACUGUAGGACUGGUAUCCCCAAUCAGCAUUAAUCUAGGAGACUUGCAAAACAUGCUAAAGGUGGCAGUCGAUGGAAAUGUGAUCAGGCAGGUGUUGGAGAAUGCCCAGAUUAAAGGCCAGGCUGCAGGCGCUGGCAGAGUGGCUAUUGCACAGGCUCCGCAGCAAGUCAUCCAAGCCAUCAGUCUUCCCAUUGUUGACCAGGAUGGUACUGCCAAGAUCAUAAUCAACUACAGCCUUGACCCAUCGCAAGCUCAGGCAGCUCUGCAGAACUUAAAGAAAGAGCCGGCUGGUCAGGAUAUAAACUCCUGCAAGGCUGAACGACUGCCGGAGGAUCUGACAGUUAAAACCAAGACAACGAGGGACGAGACCACCAUCGCUGUGGAUGGAGAGUGUCAGCAGGAGAAGGCCAAACUCUACAAUCACACAACAAAGAAACACUGUGGCAAGGAGGAACAGGAAGUUAAUGGAACACACUUGGAAGAGAAGUCUGAAGCAGAUGUUGAACUGUGUCCUGGGCAGCCCCCACUGAAGAACCUCAUGUCCUUGCUUAAGGCAUACUUUGCCUUAAAUGCAGAACCCACCAAGGAAGAGCUGGCAAAAAUAUCAGAGUCAGUCAAUCUUCCUAUCGAUAUUGUCAGGAAGUGGUUUGAGAAAAUGCAGAAUGGGCAGAUUCCAAUGGACGUCUCCCCAGCAACACCCCAGAAAGAGCAGAAUAGCGGGACAGACGUUAAUGGCAUUCUGGAGGAAACCCAAAAGUCAGUAUCUGAGCAGGACAGCAAAAAGAACCAAGAGGAGGAGGACAUGGAACUUCAUAGCCCAGCAGAGGGCACUACAGCUGGGAUAAGUGGAACUGAAAAUGGCCCCACAUCCCCUUUACCACUAAAUCUAUCUGCAGAUGGGCCUGUGCCAGCCCAGACUGCAGAGGAAGGAGAGGGACCUCUUGAUUUGUCUCUCCCCAAAUCUGUAGCGGCAGCAAAUACAGCCAGCGUUCACUCUGUUUACUCAGCUCAGGACGAGCCUCUGAACUUGGUUUGCACAAAGAAGGAAGUGCUCGGCAAUGCAAGCACCAGCACUGCCAUCUAUGCCAGCCAAACAAGUGCCAAUUCCCUGAACAUUGUGACCACUCAAUUGCCCACCCUGGUGGCUAUCACCAAGCAAGGCCCCGUGCAGAGCUUACGUACCCUCACUACCACUAAACAGGCCAUCUUAAUCCCACAGCUAGCCUACACCUACACCACUACCGCCUCCAGCCCAGCAGGGGGCGACACACCACAGAAGGCCAUACUGCAGGUUAAUGGUGUCAAGGAGGAGAAGCAGGAGGCUGGUUCAGAGGUGGCUUCCUUGCUGGAGGAGCAGACAGACUCAGACUCCGGGCCGGUGAGGAAGAAGAUGAAGAAGACCGAAAAUGGCUUGUACGCCUGUGACCUGUGUGACAAAAUCUUCCAGAAGAGCAGCUCGCUGCUUCGGCAUAAAUAUGAACACACAGGUAAACGUCCUCACGAAUGCGGGAUCUGCAGCAAAGCUUUCAAACACAAGCACCACCUGAUCGAGCACCUGCGUCUGCACUCGGGAGAAAAGCCGUAUCAGUGUGACAAGUGCGGCAAGCGCUUCUCUCACUCCGGUUCCUACUCGCAGCACAUGAACCAUCGCUAUUCCUACUGUAAGAAGGAGGCACACGGCCAGAACCAGGCGCAAAGAGACGAGGAGGAGGAGAAUCCCAACGAAGAUCAGCCUGGAGCAGCAAGCUCCGCCGCCUCGCCGCCGUCUCAGGUGGACUCAGACGAACGAGGGAGCAGCGCCAGGGAGGAUGAGGAGAGUGAGGAGGAAGACGCCAUGGGCUCGGGGAGCAUGGUGGACGAGGACGAAAUUCAGGUGGUGAGGAUCGGCGAGGAAGGAGGAGAGGAUGAGGAAGACGGCGGCGAGCAGGAGUUUCCCGAGGAGGAACCGGGAAAUGAGGAGGCGGUUAGGGAGAACGGCGGACAUGAGCAGGAGGGUACAGGGGAAAGUCAAGAAGAGGGAGAGGAAGAUGGAGAAAUGAUGAAGGUCGUGGUGAUGCAAGAUGAUGAAGAUGAAGAGGAGACGGAAAACGCCGAACCGAUGUACAUGCAGGAGAACAUAGGAGAGGAGGAAGCAGAGGAGGAAGGAGAAAAUGUGAAGGAGGAGAGCGGAAAUGAAGGAAACACACCCAGUGAAAACGGAGAUGUGAAAUGAAGUGAAACCACAUCAGGGCUUUUCUCGCUCGUAUUCUUUGCUACUUUGCUAGUUUUACAAAAACAUUACUAAUCUGAACAAAGACUGCAGAUGAGGCUGCUUCCAGAGGAUUGCAGAAAAUGCUAAAAGUAGGAAGGACGGACAUAAAGAAGAAAGGAAGGAAGCGAGCGAGAGCGCAGGAGCUCUGCCGUUGCAUUUUAUCCCACUACUGUGUAUAAAAACCCCUUGUGUGCCUGAUGAUUUAAAAAAAACUAGUGUUUUUUUUUCACAUAAGGACAAUUUUCAGUGUUUAUGGUUUGUAUAAAUACAAAGUUUAAUGAAAAAAAAAUUACACAUAUACAGACUGAAAGCUAGACACGUUUUAGCUAAUAACGUUUUAUUACUAAAACACCUUGGAUUUCUUUUUAUCAGUGUUACUAAUUUUUUGUCACUCUUGUUUAAACCUUAAAAAAAAAGCUGUACAGUUGGGAGAGAUUUCUAUACAUUUUUAUUGCCAAUGAACAAAACUCAGUAUUUUAUUGCAUAUGAAGGAAGAAAAAAAAAAAAAAGAUCCUGUGCACUACCAUGCUCCCAGUUUACUGAUGAACACCUCUGUGGGCCUUGUUCAAUGUCUACCUUUCAGUAUUAAUACUAUCAAGCUAACCCAUGUGUCACGCUAGGCUACGCUAGCUCAACAUCUGUCUGUCUGGAUUGUUUGGAAGUGAUAUGUGAGCCUUAAGUGUAAGAAAACAA